GUGCUGCUGCCGCGCGGCCAUGUUUGUUGUUGUCGUGCGGGCGAGCUCGACAGAUCUCUCCUUCUCUCUUUCGCUCCCUCUCGCACACUCGUGCGUAUACUAGCCUAGGUAUAUACAGUAUAUACUGUACUCGACCGUACGACUCGAAAAGCCUCUGAGUAUCGCCGCUGCUGCAGUCGCACUUCUCGACACUGCGAUCUUUUUUCUCUCUCUCUCUCUCUCUCUCUCUCUCUCGCUCGCGUUAUUAUAAUAACACACGGACGGAUCGUGCUGCAUUCGCGUCUGGUGCGCUAUGUGUGUGUAACGCGCUGUACGCUACCAGCGACCAAACUCGAUUGAAUCUCGCGUUUAUUAUUAUUAUAUGCGUGCGCGUGUGCAUUGCAAGUGUCGCGCGACUUCACAACGCACUACGUUGAGCUCGUUCAGCUUGACCCUAGGCUUAGAACCUCUGUGAAUGUGUGUGUGUUGAGCCCAUCAGGUGCUGGUGCAUGUGUGUGGCAGAAAAUUACAAACCAGUGUGAAAUGCAUAGGGCUGCUAUCGAGCAACAGUAGCAGCAGCAGUGCCAGUGCCAGUGCCAGUGCCAGUAGCAGCAGCAGCAGCAGCAGCAGUGGCAACAGUAUAAUCGAAUGCAAGACUUGCCGUGUUGUCGCUGUCCUGCAAUUCUCAGCUGCGUAUAAACACAGACGAGAAACGAGUAAUAUCGUGCCUCGCUUUUCAUUUUGUGGCAUAGUGCAGUCGUGCCUUUCUUUGCGAUAAAAACGCUGAAAUUUGAACGCAAGUGUCAGUGAAAAUAUCGUUCGACUCCGUUGCCAAGUCGGUGAUGCUGUGUGCCAGUACAUAAAGUCCUUCCCUUUUGACUGUUGAGCACAACUAGCACCCGUGCGUGUAUUCAUAUACAGUACUUACACACGCGUGAGCGUGUAUACAUGUGCAAAUAGCAGCAGCUGCACUCACGAGCGCAGAAUAGAUUCGGUGGACAAGCAUCGCAGCGGCUUUCGCCCCUUCAUCUCGAUCGGGAAAGCGAGUCAACAACAAGGAGAAUAGCAGCAGAGUGACGCAAAGCUGCAGGGCUCCGUUUAAAGGAGAUUCGAGCGCGAGCCACCUUGAUCAAGGCCGGCUCUAGCGCGCUCAGAAGCUGGCGGGCAACCUGGCUCGGUCGCCCGCCGUCGUGGGCGAUGGCGGUACCGGACCCGCCCCUGGGCCACAACCGAACAACAACAACAACAAUGCAGCAGCUGCAGCCGCCGCGGGCAUGGUUGGUGCCAACAAUAACAACAACAACAAUGCCGGGGUUGCUCAGCAGCAGCAGCAGCAGCAUCAGCAUCAACAUGGCAGAAACAACAACAACAGAACAGUCGGAGCUGUAGUGGCCAAUCCUGCUGGCGUUCCGAUUGCCAGUGGUUCCGGUGUCGGACACGCUGCUGGUUCGGCUAUCAAUGCUGCUGCCGUCGCUGCUGGCGAGUGGGAAGAGAAUGACGAAUAUUCCUUCGACGACUCCGACAGAUUCGAAGAGGACUCGCUCUGCAGCUGGAGCAGCGAGCCCGAAUCCAUCUGCAACAAUUGGCGAGGAUGGAAGCGGCCCAUCACGGCUUUCGGCCCUGCGAAGAAGUGCUUCGAAAAUGCAUCACAGGAGCAGGUACCAACGCUUUGCGAACUCGCGGCGCGCUGCGUCGCCUCGCACAUCCCGUUCGAGCUGGUCGAGCACUUCUACUCGCCGAUCCCGGAGCAACUGCAGCUGCGAAUCGCCUACUGGAGCUUCCCCGACAACGAGGAAGACAUCAGGCUAUACUCGUGUCUGGCCAACGGUAGCGCCGACGAGUUCCAGCGCGGCGAGGCCCUGUUCCGCUCGAAAAACGUCAAGGAGCCGCUGCAGAUCGGCUUCCACCUGAGCGCCUCGGUCUCGGCCCUCAUGGUGUCGGCCAGCGGCUUUCGCGAGCAGUACAACGUCGCCGUGACGUUCGACCGACGCCGCAUAACGUCCUGCAACUGCACGUGCUCGUCCAACGCCUACUGGUGCGCCCACGUGGUCGCGGUCUGCCUGCACAGGAUACACAUGCCGGGCCAGGUCUGCCUGCGCGCCCCCGUCUCCGAGUCGCUCUCGCGGCUACAGCGCGAACAGCUGCAGAAAUUCGCCCAGUAUCUGAUCAGCGAGUUGCCACAGCAGAUUCUGCCCACGGCCCAGAGGCUGCUGGACGAGCUGCUGUCGGCCACGCCGAGCGCCAUCAACACGUAUUGCGGCGCCCCGGAUCCCACGGCCGGAGCAUCCGCCAACGACCAGACCUCGUGGUACCUCGACGAGAAGACCCUGCACGACAAUAUCAAGAAAAUCCUCAUCAAAUUCUGCGUUCCAGCUCCCAUCGUCUUCAGCGACGUCAACUACCUGAGCACGACGGCUCCACCAGCUGCUGCGGAAUGGUCGUCUCUCCUCCGGCCACUGCGAGGUCGCGAACCCGAGGGCAUGUGGAAUCUGCUCAGUAUCGUUCGUGAAAUGUUCAAACGCACCGACAGAAAUGCCAUACCUCUGCUGGAAAUUAUCACGGAGGAGUGCAUGGCCUGCGAACAGAUCCUCGUCUGGUGGUUCAAUACCAAAGUAGCACUGCUCAACGGCAACAGUCACGGCGGUGGCAAGCACAGCAACAUGAACAGCAACUCGCACGCGUCCCAGCACGCUUGUUCCUCCCUCUGCGACGAGAUCGUCGUGCUAUGGAGGCUAGCCGCGCUCAAUCCUGGCCUGUCGCCAUCCGAGAGGGAAAUGCUACUGGGCCAGUUUUCCGCUUGGCACUUGAAGAUCAUUGAAAAGUUGACGAAAAUCAGGGGAACGACUGUUUCGCAAAAUUCUCAUAACCGUAAUGGUAACAACGGCGGAGGCGGAGCAGGUGGCAACGGCGGCCCAAAAGAUUCUCUGAAAACCGAUAUCGAAUUAUUCAUCGGUUUCAAACCGGCGCUCGAGGCAUGUUUCUUGGAUUGGGAAGAGUACUGCAUACCUGGCAUAACGUACACGGCGAGCACCAAUCCUAUGUACCAUUGUCCGUUUACUUGUUUUAGGCAUACCGGUGACACAAAGACUGACGUUAAUCAGGUCAACUCGAGUUCAGCAGUUUUAAAUUGUCAACCACCGACGACCCAUCAUCACAGCCGACGCUACCAGUGCCUCGGUUUGUCCGAGUACGCUACCUACGUAGAGCGUCGACGACAUCCGUCGUUUCCGGGAUUGUGUCCUAGAGGCCCAACCAGCGGCGUUGGUCCUGGGGGCUCGAAUGCCGGUGGUGGUGGUGGUGACUGCAAUCGCAGUAGCGACAGUAGCGAAGGAUUCUGCGAGAACGACGGUGAUAUUGCCGAUGUAUCCGAGCUACCAGCCGGUCUUGUUAGGCGAGGAAUCGGCCGCAUUUGUUGUGAUACCGACUCGCAAGAAGGCGGGGGUAGCGAGUCUUCGUCCAAUAGUAACGUUAGUCUCAAAAAUAUCCCGAGCGCAGAACCUUCGGCCCUUCGUCUCAACGUCUCAUCCUCGGAGAGCCAGAGCGACGCGAGUGAGAGUAGUGUUGCUCGCAACGAAUUGCCUUCAUCGGUGGCCAAUAAUGUCAAGUGCACAGGUGCUCGUCCUAAAAUUGCCAAUGGAAUUAGUAGUUCGAGUAGCAGUAGUAACUCCCAGCCACAGCCAUCCACUUCGGGAACAGCAUCGACAGCUGUCAACGGUGACUUGGCUCGAGCAGUUGCAUCGACUUCGGGUACGACGCCAAUAAUGAAUGGCAAGAAAACGAGUGAUCAGGAAUCCGAUCACGAGAAGGAUCCAUCCAGAAGACCGUCCAAGGACGAGAGUCUAUCCUCUAGCAGUGACUCGCCGUCUGGUGACGAAUACAACGUUUAUUAUUAUGACGCAAAAGCGGCAGCGACCAACGGGGCUACUAAUAAAGAAUCGAAAAAUGAGGCUCAUGGCUCCUCGGCGACAGCUGCCAAUGUUAGCAGUAUUUUAGGUAAUCUAAAGAAGACUGAAGACCCAUGGGAUAUACUUUUUGCUCGAGCAGAGGGUCUGUACGCCCAUGGUCACACACGAGAAGCUUGUAUGCUUGGUGUUAAAUUAGCUAAGGAGCUGCUGGCUCAUCCACCUGAUCUCAUGAUCGAAGUACCGCUUGCGCCUGUGAAAGGCAAAAGAAAAAAGCAACAAAUAAAUCCGGCUUCACAUCAGUUGUCAUGUUCAGCUUCGGCUACAUUAGCAAAGUGUGGUUUUCUAUGUACAGUACUUGCCGAAAAUCCAGACUUUUAUAAUUUGGCAUUUAAAGUCGGUCUAUUUGGAAUAGAAAUGGCUAGACCACCAGCAAGUACGAAACCACUGGAGGUAAAACUAGCACACCAGGAAAGUGAACUAGUAAAUUUGCUUAAACGCAUACCUUUAGGCGAAAAUGAAAUGGAAAUGAUUAGACAACGUGCGUCGUUACUAAGAGAUGGCUCGCUUCGAAUGAGGGGACACUCACUUUUGCCGAUAAUGUUGGCAAGCUUCAUUUUUGAUGCAUUAUGCACACCAUCAUUGAAAACUUUAUCAGCGUGUAAGCAAUCUACAGAUGAACUCUUAGGAUUUGAAGCAGCCGUGUCAGCAAUAGGUUUAAAAGCAAAUGUCAGUGAAGCUGAUCAUCCGUUACUUUGCGAAGGAACACGACGACAAAGAGGAGAAUUAGCAAUUACAUUGCUUGUACAUUACAAAGAUGAACCAGAAAAGUUAUCCCGCAUUAUGGAUAAACUUCUUGAUCGAGAUGUGCAUCAACUAAUUAAGACUCCGAUAGUUGCUAGCUACUAUAGCUCGAACCCACCAUCCAGAAGUCAGUUGAUGUAUUUCCGCCGAGAUAGAACAUGUUCGUCGCCGCAAACGAAUGAUUCACCCGGUGCGGCUAACAGCGAAAAUGCCCUGGGACUCAAUAGCAGACCCCACAGUAGUACGAGUGCCGAAUUGGAGUCUGGAAUGUCUGGACUAACUAUUCAGACAACCGCAACUGCACAAACGGUUAAUACCCGAGCUAAAGAGAACAGUACAUCUCGUCACAGGUACAAGAGUAAAAGAGCAGCUAUCGCUAAGCCAUCUCUACCAAAUCAACCAUCAGAGGCUGGAGCUCACUUUAUGUGUGAAUUAGCUAAAACAGUCCUAACCAAAGCUGGUGGAAAUAGUUCGACGUCACUUUUCACACAAGCAUCGACCAGUCAAAAUCAUCACGGGCCUCAUAGAGCUCUACACAUGUGCGCAUUUCAACUCGGUUUAUACGCUUUAGGACUUCAUAACUGCGUUAGUCAUAACUGGUUAAGCCGAACAUAUUCAAGUCAUGUCAGUUGGAUAACUGGUCAAGCCAUGGAGAUUGGAGCACCAGCCAUUUGGUUCUUGAUUGAUAGUUGGGAGGGUCAUUUGACACCACCCGAGGCUGUUAGCAUUGCCGAUAAAAGUAGUCGAGGAAGUGACCCAAACAUGGUCAAAGCUGCUGCUGAACUAGCAUUAUCUUGUCUCCCCCAUGCUCAUGCGCUAAAUUUCAACGAGGUUCAACGGGCUAUUUUACAGUGUAAAGAACAGAGUGAUGAAAUGCUGGAAAAAGCCUGUAUCACCGUCGAAACAACCGCUAAGGGCGGUGGGGUAUAUCCUGAAGUAUUAUUUCAAGUUGCCAAGUAUUGGUACGAGUUGUAUUUGAGGCAUACCCCUGGUGGAGAACAACAAGAUGAAAUGCCUCAUGAAUCAUUGCAACUCGAUGCUAAUGGUCAGCUAAUAGUUGAGCCUGGUCCACCCGUCGAUAUGAGUGCUGCUCAAAUGAUGCCUGGUCAAGCUCAAGCAGUUGUUGUAACUAGUGCUCCGCCCAUGCCACCUCAAACGUAUGCACAUCCGGCCUCGCAACUAGAAGGAAUGCAGUACACAGUGCCGUAUACCACUGUGAUACAUCCUCAAUUUACUAGUCCACCGUUUGCUGCUUGUUCGAUGCCACCAAUAAGAGUAGCUUUACCGUUGCAACCGCCCAAUAUGCAAAUGUAUCAGGCAUAUCCUCCUCAUAUGGGUCACCCCGCUGCUGUGCCACAUCCGCAGCUGCCUCCUCAACAUCCGCAUCAUCCCACGCAAUCAGCACAACAGCCUCAGGUAUCACAUUUCUUCGCACCAAUGCCCACUGUUACAGCUGUGAAUGUUCAUCCUCCACCUGGAACGCAGCAUAUGUACACUAUGCAGCAACCGAUACCGGUUACCGUACAGCCUGGAAUAUCAGGUGGCAUGCCAGUGCAAGCAGGUUUACCUGGUCCGACAAUGAUGUCUCCUCAGCAAAACAUGACAGCUAUGCGCACUCAGCAACAAUAUGUUUCGCAGCAGGUUCAUCGGCAGAACAAUCAAACGUACACGCCUCAGCAAUGUAGAGCUUUGGUAGCAGCUUAUCGCGUUGGAAUGUUGGCUCUAGAGACCUUAGCACGACGAGUGCAUGAUGAUAGACCUCAGGCAAAGUACGCCCGUAACCCACCGUAUGGCGAGGAUGUUAAGUGGAUGUUGCGUGUCUCUAAGCGUUUAGGUACACAGUAUCUUCAUCAGCUGUGCGUUACUGUCGUUAACAGUAUCGUCAGUCCAUUUGUCCUACACGACGUUGCAGUCGAAGCUGCUUACUAUUUGUCUAGGAAUAAUCCUGCCCUCGUUAUACAGAAUCUCAGAUCGGCUCUGCUAGCACCUCUUGUGCACAAAUGUCAGCAGAUGUAUAUUCAGUGUAUGCAUCAAAAAUUGUAUCAUUUGAUGUCCUCCGACUAUGAAGAAUUUGCCAGUAUAGUUUGUGCUGCUAGAGCUGCUUUUCAAAUCACACCUGAAGGUCAUACACAAUUUAAAGAAUGGCUUCAGUCAAUCAGAAGGUCCCAAUCGUGUAAUAAGGAACUUUCGAUGCAAAUAAAUGCUGCCUUGCAGCAGAAUGGCAAAUGACACAAAACAGAGCCCUGGUUAGCUCACCGACAGCACGCAGUCGAAGAAUCGUCGGCGCAUUGUGCAAGUAAUACAUCAAAUUCUGCGCCAACGUCGGCUGAUGAAUUAGAAAUAGGUUCAUACAGCGGUAGUAACAGCAAUAACAACAGACGUCGUGAAAACAAUUGGCUCAUGCAUCGAAGACAUACGACGGGUAAUCUCGUCGAGCAGCAGCAAGAGCGACGAUGAAAUUUCCGUAUAUAAUAUCAUCUUAUAAAAGCAUCGAUCAUUCUUUCUCACACUCUCUCUUAUACUUCUUUUUAGUGUUCAUUACUCUUAAUUUACUUGACAACUUAGAGCCAAACGUUGCAGUAGUGAAAUUCAAUAUGUUCUCGCAGGUCUUGACUAUUAUAAAUUAGAGUUAAAUUACGAAUUGAAAAGACUGGAUCGUUUGUAAUUACGCGCGAUCGUUUUUUAUACCAUUAUUUAGACAAGUACGAGUGUUACACUCAAUAAUCAAAUGAUUAUUUUAGAUGUUUUGAUAAAUUGUAAUCAGAAUUACAAAAUUUUUUAUGAUUUUAUUUCUAUGAAAUAUCUGAGACUGACAAAAAUGAUUCAUAAGUUUUAUUUUGAUAUUUUAUGAUCUUGCACAGAGUAUAGUUAAAUGCGUAUAGUUGAUAAUCUGCUGUGCACAGGAUCAACCUUAGAUAAAAUGAAAACAGUCGAGACCUGCUGGAUGUAUUUAAUUUUUUAGAAAACGAAUGAUUCAAUUAAAAAAUGAACUGAUAAUCUGCAUUAUCGUUAAAUAAUGCAACAAUUUUAAGAAAAAAUCAAGGAUAAUAAUUACGAAGAAUGAAAUAAAGGAUUCGAAUCAAAUCUAUACGCAACAAUCAAUCAAAAAUUCAUCUAAUGUGAGAGAAAUAAUUGGGGUAAAAUGUCAUUAAUGAAAGACGAUUCAUUAAAAACAACUUUCCAUGCUCUCACAUUAAAUCAUCAUCAAAUUAUCAUUCAUUCAUUUUAGUCAGAUUACGAUACUAUUAAAUAAAGUGGUUUUUAGUCAAAUUUAGGUAGAAAAUAAUUAUUUUGAGAAGAAAUCUCUUAGAUAGAAUGAAUUAUUCUUGUCUUGUUUCGCUUUUGUAAACAAAGAACGACAAAAAUGAAUUUAAUAUCGACACGAUGUCUAUUUAUAUUUAUAAAUGCCAUGAAAAUAUAAAAAAUUCCGACGAGUUGGUUGGUGCGCUGCUUAUAAGCAUAGAGAUAUUUACGUAAAAUCGAAGAAAAAAGAGAACAUUAAAAUCUGAUUAAAACACUUUUUGCGCAAUAAAGAGCAGAGUCUUAUCACCUCUUUUAGGUAUUUCGAAGUAAUUCGAGACACCAUAAGACGAUCGAAAACCAAUUUCCUUCAGUUAUAAGUUCUUCGGAAAAGAUUCGAUGAAAAUAAAAAAAGUUAAUUUAAUUUUUAUGACUUCGUGUAUUUCCGUAUUUCGUAUGUAGUACGAUAAAUAGAUAGAUUAUAUGAAUAUGAAUUAUAUGAAUAUAAAUAUAUAUAUAUAUAUACACCUAUAAAAAUAUAUAUAUUAUAUAAAUAUAUCUACGUAUAUUAUAAUAAAAAUUAUACAUAAUAUAUUAUUAUUAUAUACGAUCGCAUCAUUCUCUUUUUGUGUCACACAUUAUCGACAAUCCAUCGAAAAAAACAUGAUCUCUGUAAUUUUUAAUUGAAACUCUUUAAAACAUAUGAUUGAAUUAACGAGGUAUUAAUAAUGGUAUGAUUCUGAUUGACGUUACAUAUCAUCAAUUUUGAGUAUCAUUAUUAUAUAUUCUUAUAUUUCCCUUUUCUGUGUAUACGUCAUCACUGCGUUAUAAUAAAAUUCAUGAUCUGAA